AUGAAACUCUUCAACACCUUCGUAUCGGUCACCAGUGUUCUACCGCUCAUUGUCGAGGCCAACAAGAACACUCUUUUCGGGUACUUAAUGUGCGAGCAAAACCCUGAAGAGGGCGAUUUCGUCAAGAGACAAUUUGAGGACGAGAUCCUGUGUUGGAGUAAAACAACUGAACUCGGUCGACAGAUGCACCUCCUCUAUGGCUUCGAGUCUAUGAUUCAAGAGCGUCCCUCUAUAGAAUCUCACGCUGUUCAAAGGAUAUGGCCAGCACGAGAUACCAUCAGCGCCUGCGGUGAGCGUCAAAAUGAUGGUCACGAUAUCGCUAACCUUCAAGACCCAACAAGUUGCCCAAGGAGUGGAAAAGAGCUGAAAUUGAAGGCAUUCCAAAAAAGGCGGACAUUGACGCUGAUACUUGGAGGGGUUGGUAAACGAGGCAGGCUCUUGGUAUGGUUGAAUGACUUCUUGAAACAUAGGAAGUUUCGUGUACGGUGUGGGAAUUCUGUGAGCGAGACUAUGCGGCCGAACUGUGGUACACCUCAAGGAAGUGUGGUUUCACCAUGGUUAUUUGCUGUGUUGGUCUCUCAGCUCCAAGAUAUUCUGGGGGCGAACUUUGGUUACUCGGCCGCUGUGUUUAGGUCUACGUACCAAGCAGUAGCGGAGUCUAGGAUGAGAUAUGCGUUAUGCACUCGAGUUGCUGCUAGCGUGAGAGUGCUAGCUAAAUUGCAGAUUACACAGAAUGCUGGUGCGAGACUCAUUAUUGGGUUGCCGAAACAAACUUCUGCUGACUUGGUUCUGCGCGAGUCUGGACUGGAGCCAAUCAACUAUCUCCUGGAUCUGGCCAUUAUAGGGUGGACUCUCCGGGCUCAGUCCUUGUUUUACACUCAUGUAGCACAGUUGACCUUGGAUGAUUGGACGGGUUUGCGAAAAUUGAAGGGAAGAGCCCCACUGCACAGAUUCGAUGAUGUGAUGGACGAACUAUCAGACAUCGGUCAAGGCGUUAUGAAGAAAGAUGGCACUGAAAAGGAGUUCAAGAGAUGUGCUGAGAACAUGCUCUCUGAAUUUGGAGAUGGGAUCCUGACAGUUUUCUCUGAUGGAUCAAAGGCUGAUGGUAGAGUAAUCAUUAAUGAAAUCAGAUGUAAGAAGACGGAGCCUGCUCUUGUCUGUAACGAUGUUACAUCCGUGACUACAGAGAGCGAGAAUCAUAGCACCAUUAGUGCUGCAUUCGGGUUCGCUGCACUACCUAUCGCUAACGCGAACAGAAGAAAAUCCAGGACGCUCGGAACACAGAAUCUGUGUCACAGAUGUAAGAAGCUGCAAUAUAAUGCAGAGAACCUCAAGUGA